AUCGCGAGUGAACAUUUAUUAAUAUAUUUAAAAAAUAAAAAUCAACAUUUGCUUUUUAUUUAAAUAAUUUCGACUUAAUUCGAUCAAUAAUUAAAGUUAUCAUAAUUUGUUAUUUUUACAUGUAAAUAUAUGGCUCGGCAGAUAUUGAAUUGUUCAAAAGUUUGAUCUAUUUUCCUCGAUCCGAUCGAUCUGAUCGAUAUGGUAUUUUUUUUUUUUUUUAAAAAGAAACGUGAGAUCGAUGGAAAGUGAAUAAGAAGUGAAUUUUGAUAAAAGUAGAGAAAAUCAAUCGCAAGUAUUUGAAAGUGUUCAAUAAUAAUCAGUUUUGAUUAGAUAUUAAAAGAUAUAGUGUUUGCAAAUUAAUCAGAAGAGAGUUAAAAAAAGACACUAUGCCUUCCGCGAUACAAACGUUUUUUGAUUAUUCCUGGAUAACUUUGAUCUUGUCAUUCUUUUUGCUACUUAUGGUAACAGUAUUCGCGAUACAACAUGGACAAUUUAUCUACGCUGUUAGAAAAAUACCGCAUCCGAUAUCCCUGCCAUUAAUUGGAAAUGCCUAUCAAUUGAAUUGCACUUUGGAAGAAUUCUUCAGCAAUUUAAUCGAAUGGAGUAACAGAUUCGGGGAUAUAUUUUUGGUUUGGGUUGGCAUACGACCUUUCAUCUUUCUUUACAAAGUAGAAACGGUUCAGCCAUUACUUAGUAGUAGAGUUCAUAUUAAUAAAAGUUUCGAAUACGGAUACCUAAUUCCAUGGCUUGGUAAUGGAUUGAUCACUAGUAACGGAAAAAGGUGGCAUCAUCGUAGGAAGUUACUGACACCGACUUUUCACUACAGUAACCUCCUAGAAGAUUAUUUUUCGAGUGCUAUUAACGAAGCCAAAAUUAUGAUCGAUUGUCUUAAAGGAGAAAUCGGCAAGAGUGUAGAUAUCGUUCCUUAUGCCAAACGUGCUGCACUCGACGUCAUUUGUGACAGUUCCAUGGGUUACCGCAUUAACGCGCAAACUAAUUUAUUCAAUGAAUAUGUUUUAGCAGUAGACAAGCUGUCUCAAAUCGCGCAGCAUAGAUUUACAAGUGUUUGGACAUCGAUCGACUUUAUAUUUAAAUUGACCAAAUUAGCAAAAGAACACGAUCGUGCUCUUAAAAUAGUUCAUAAUUUCAUUGAUAAGGUGAUCGCCGAACGCAAACAAGAAUGGAAUAAUAAUCGAGACAAAAAUUGUAACAAACCGACGAAGAAACAUCAAGCUUUGUUGGAUUUGUUAUUGGAAAUAUCGAAUAAUUUAACAGACACUGACAUACGCGAUGAAGUUAACACGUUUAUGUUUGCGGGACAUGAUACUACAGCUACCAGUAUAUCUUGGAUAUUAUAUGCUUUAGGAAGACGACCUGAAUAUCAACAACAAAUUCUUGACGAAUACGACGAAAUAAUUGGUAGCGAUGAAAUGACGUCAGAAACAUUAAACAAAUUAGUUUUAUUAGACGCUUGCAUCAAAGAAUCAUGGCGAUUAUAUCCAGUGGCGCCUUUAAUAGCCAGACAAAUUUACAGUCCCCUUGAAAUACUGGGACACACAAUUCCAGCUGGUUCAACGGUCUUAAUAAACUCGUACUUGUUGCAUCGAGACGCACGACAUUUUCCAGAACCCCACGUAUAUAAACCCGAAAGAUUUUUACCAUGCAAUCCUAGACCACCGCGCUACACAUACGUACCAUUUAGCGAGGGUUUACGAAAUUGUAUAGGAAAGAAAUUCGCCACGGUAGUCGUUAAAGUGUUCAUUUUGUCAAUAUUAAAGGCAUAUCAUAUCGAAUCAUUAAUCACCGAAGACAAACUUCGUUUAAAAGCCGAAUUAGUUCUCGUUAACAAGGAUGGACUUCCUUUAAAAAUAACUCCUCGAACGCGAUGAAAAACUGCUAUUUUUAUUACUAGUUUUUAUUUUUUUACCAUUUCAAAUUAGAAGUCUUCCUAUUGAGACGAUUUAUGUCAAAUUUACACGUAUAAUUAAGUUUUAGUAUUACGUGUUAUUUUACAAAACGUAAUUAUGGAAUUUAAAAAUGUAUAAUUACGAAUAAUCUAUAGACCUGUAGAAGACACUAUAUAAUUUACGUA